CCGCACCGAACUUCAACUUUCCCAAUCCCUUUCUAGAAUAUUUAUAAAUCGGCAAGUCUGAUUCCGAAUUGAAUUCCUGCUUACUCGAAAAGUGGGUUUCAAAUACUUCAAUUUCUCGCUCUCUCUCUCUCUAGCUAGAUUUUCGGUACCUUCUGCUUGCUCUGCAACAUGUCUGGAGAAGAAGAAGAAAAUGCCGCCGAGCUCAAAAUCGGAGACGAGUUUUUGAAAGCCAAGUGCUUAAUGAACUGCGAAGUUGCGUUGAUUCUUGAACAUAAGUACGACCAGCUUCAGCAGAUGUCUGAUGACCCCAGAAACCAAGUUUCUCAAGUAUUUGAGAAGUCGCUGCAGUAUGUGAAGCGCUUUAGCCGUUAUAAAAAUCCUGAUGCUGUCAAACAAGUUAGAGAAAUUCUGAGCAGAUAUCAACUGACUGAGUUUGAGCUUUGUGUUCUUGGCAAUCUCUGCCCUGAAACUGUUGAGGAAGCUAUUGCUAUGGUACCAUCUAUAAAGGUAUCUUGUGCCCACUUUUUGUUAUGGUGCUUAUGAUUUGUCAACAUAUGC